GGCGGGGCCAGAAGGCAUUCCCUCCUCCUCCUCCUUCUCCUCCUCUUUGCCGGAGUCGCGGUCGGGAUGGGGGGAAGCGCCUGGCGUGGCGAAAGCGUCGGAGCUGAGGCAAACUUUGGGAGAAGAAAAAUAUGUAUUGUGCACAGUGGAAUUACUUCUGAAGAAAGAAAUGUGAUUUCCGAAACUGAAGAAGGAUCUGCACCCUUAUACUGAACAUAAUACUAAGAACUCCUAAUUUGUAAUAGACAAUUGUCAUAAUAUUAAAAGACUCUCUUUCAAAAACUAAUGUGCACUGAGAUGAAAGUAAAGAAGUAGUAACUUUUAUGAAGAAUUUCAAGAUUUUAUGGUUUUUAAGUAUAUUUUAAUUUAUUCACCCAUGAGUUUUUUGUCUCCUUUUUUAAAAAAACCAAGCUAUUCUCAAACAAAACAAAGCAGAACUAUUACUAGCUUGGUGUGAUAUAAAAAGUUAAAAGUUUAUUUUAGUACAAUGCCAUAACUUUUCAAAGGUGAUUGUCAGAAAUUAUUGUGUUUGCUUGGAGUCCUUACUCACAUUUUAUCAAGACAUAUUUAUUUCAUGAAAAAUGGCAUGGGUAAAGUUCCUGAGAAAACCUGGAGGAAACCUUGGAAAAGUGUAUCAACCGGGAAGUGUCAUGUCACUGGCUCCUACCAAGGGACUUUUAAAUGAACCAGGACAAAACAGCUGUUUUCUGAACAGUGCUGUACAGGUUUUAUGGCAACUUGACAUAUUCCGACGCAGUUUAAGAGGACUAACCGGUCAUGUUUGUCAGGGUGAUGCCUGUAUAUUUUGUGCUCUGAAGACCAUAUUUGCACAAUUCCAGCAUAGUCGAGAAAAAGCACUCCCAUCUAAUAACAUGAGGCAUGCCUUAGCUGAAAGCUUUAAAGAUGAACAACGAUUUCAACUUGGCUUUAUGGAUGAUGCAGCAGAAUGUUUUGAAAAUAUUCUUGAAAGGAUUCACUAUCACAUAGUGCCAAGCAGUGAAACAGAUAUGUGCACUUCUAAAUCCUGCAUUACUCAUCAGAAGUUUGCUAUGACAUUAUAUGAACAGUGUGUGUGUCGCAGUUGCGGGGCAUCUUCGGAUCCUUUGCCUUUCACAGAAUUUGUGCGUUACAUUUCAACUACAGCCUUGUGCAAUGAAGUAGAUAGAAUGUUUGAAAGGCACGAACGCCUCAAGCCUGAAAUGUUUGCAGAACUGCUCCAAGCUGCAAACACUACAGAUGACUUCAGGAAUUGCCCUAGCAACUGUGGCCAAAAAAUAAAAAUCCGCCGAGUUCUGAUGAAUUGUCCUGAAAUUGUCACAAUUGGUUUAGUUUGGGAUUCAGAACAUUCUGACCUGACCGAAGAUGUUAUCCGAAACCUGGCAACACAGCUCUAUCUUCCAGGGCUGUUUUAUAGGGUUACCGAUGAACGUGCCAAAAAUAGUGAGCUUUUUCUUGUUGGGAUGAUUUGCUAUGCAAGCAAACAUUACUGUGCCUUUGCCUUUCAUACCAAGAGUUGCAAAUGGGUGUUAUUUGAUGAUGCUAAUGUGAAAGAGGUUGGAACAAAAUGGAAGGAUGUGGUGUCCAAGUGCAUUCGGUGCCACUUUCAGCCACUGCUGUUAUUUUAUGCAAACCCGGAUGGUACACCGGUAUCAACAGAAGAUGCACCUCGACAGAUAAUUCACUGGUCACAUUAUAAAGCCUCUGGAGGAAAUGGAGAAGAAUCUGGAUUUGAAAAGUCUACUUUUCCAAAAUUAGACCAUACAAAAGAGAAUGGAUUUGAAGAAUCUGUUGUUCAGAAAAGCACUAAAAAAAUUCAACCAGAACACUCAUCUCUUAAUCGGAAUCAUAUUCAAUAUGGUGGUGUCAGAGGAUCAGGGAAAUUAGGGCAUAGUGAGCAGAGGGAAAAGGCAAAGGACAUUUCCAGAGAGUGUGCUCAGAAGGUUUCUGAGAUGAAAAAUAUCUCAUCUUCUUUAAGAAAAGAUGUGGACAGAGGAUCAAAGAGAGAAUCAGGGAAACAGAAAGACCUAUCUAGAGACGUCCAAACUCAUUUUAAACCAGGAUCACCUCCUUCUGGUAAUGGAUUUAGACCUCAUUCCAACGAACGACUGUAUAACAGUCAGGGCAGAGGACCAUACAGGCACGAAAAGGUUCACAACCAGGUCAGACCCACUGCACAGGUGUUGGGAUCCAGUAAAACAGAUGGCUUUACUGAUGGAGAGAAGAUGAGUCGAAUGAAGGCUGAUAGCAUCACCGGUUAUGAAACAGAUAGUAGCCAAGACUCUAAAGACAAAGGAAGUGUCAGCAGCAGCAAAAGUCGAAGUAGAGGGUGGAAGCCCAUGCGAGAGACACUGAAUGUUGAUAGCAUCUUUAGUGAAUCUGAGAGAAAAGAGCAUAGCUCAAAGACAAAAUUAAAUGCAAAUAGCAAACCUAAGCAUGAAAAAGAGACAAGUUCAAACAACUGGCCCAAAGAAAAUGCAAGUCAAAAAGCCCUUAUGACUAUUUAUGAAGAUGAAACAAAGCAGGCAGGGAAUCGAAAUUCCUUUGAUUCAGAAGGGAAAGAAAAUGCAGAAAAAAGCAAAGGAUUUACAGAGAGAAAAGUUCAUAUAGACAGUUGGCAGAUACAACGGACUGAGUCUGGUUAUGAAAGCAGUGAUCAUAUCAGCAAUGCAUCUGCCAAUUUGGAUUCACCUAUCAUUGAAGGAACCAGCCCAGUUGAUAACGCAGUUACUAAAGAAAACACUUCUUGCAGUGACCAGAAUCUUUCUGUCAGAUAUUCUGGGUGUGUCUUGCAGUCUACCUCCCAGCAGAACAAAAAUUAUUUGGAUGGUUUGAAGAAAGAUCAAGCCAAUACCCACAUUAACUGUAGACCUCAUAAUGCAUCUUCAGUGUCUCAUCUACAGAUGCACAGUCCACCAUUGAAAAGGACUGGCAUACCUGAUUGCAAUAAGAAGUUUUUUCCUUUAACACUACAGAGCACUUUAAAAGACCACAGUGAGAAAGGAACAAAAAACAGUGUAUUGAAUGAGCAAAAUAAUGGACGAUGGCCUAAGGACCAUGUACUUGAUGAAACAACCAUGCCAGUGCACAGUACUGAGAGUUCAGCAAGUCCUUACAAUGGGGAGAACCCAACCAUGGCGGAAAGGAUUCUGAACAAGGAAUCUCUCUCCCCCCAGUUGCAGUUGUCCCAGACACGGACAAUGAGAUCCAAGCCGGCUCUUGCAUUUUUUUUGCAACAGAAUAUAUCCAAACCUUCCUAUAGUGAAUCAGCUCCAUCAGUUGAGCAUAAAAUCCCUUUGUAUGGAAGCAAGACUGAUGAUACAUCAGAAGCAAUUUACCAAAAUCUUCCUCCUCCUUUGCCACCAAAGAAAUAUGCUCUGACUAGUUUGCAUGGAUUAGAACAAGACUCCACUGUAGACCCAAAAGUAACCGAAGUAUCAUGCACAAAUCCUUCAAAUAUUGAAAGGCAUCUUGCAAGUGUUCCUUCAAAAGCUACACCUGAAGCAAAUUCAUUUGCAGAAGAAGAAAGAGCUAAAUCAUCAUUUCAUGGCAACGAGUCCUCAAAGACAGAUUUUCCAACAAGUUUAUCAGGAAAUGAUUUGUGGGCUCUUUCUAGUCAUCCUACAAACAAGGGGGCUUGUCUUAUGGGAACUCGUGCUAGCUCAUUGGAUGCAAACGCAAAUGACAUUGUGUCUCUUACGACUUACUUUUCAGUUGAUAAUUGUAUGACUGAUACAUAUAGGUUAAAAUACCACCAGAGACCUAAACUGUAUUUCGUAGACAGUAGUGUGUUAAGCAAAGAGACACCUGCCAUGCAUCUGAACCCUUCAUACCACAGUACAUGUGAAUCAGAUUAUCCCACUCCUGAGCAAAGACAUAAACCUAGCAUUGGAAAUAUGUAUUGCAAUAGGUAAAAAUAGUCGUAAAUGAACCCCGAUACAUGGCACAUGAUGGAAUGUUUAGAUUUCUAUAUCUUACUUCAUUUAGAAGUUAUAGCUCUUGAACUGUUGUUUGCACAUGCAUGUGUGAUCAAGAAAGAUGCAAAGUAUUUUGAUCCUGUGCUAAUACAUACAUCAUUUUUGUACUUAAACAAGAUUUGACCCAUUAUAAGCUAAAGUAGAAUUCAACCAGAUGUGAUACAAAAAAUCCUAUUUAUACAUGUAUUUGAGAAAUAGGAAUAGUCUGCUUAUUUUGCAACUAAUUUAUGCUGCUCCUUCAUGACAUGACUUGUUUAAAUUGUUUUAAAAAUUAGGCAGAUUGAUAUGAAAUCAUAAUCUUUAGUUCCGAUUUCACCAUUGAUUAGUUACUAAACUGUAUUUUAGGGCACAUUCUUUAGAUUACAUUUUACGAAUCAUGUAUUUUUAAAUCUUCAAUUGCCAUUUUGUUUUCACAGUAGGAGAUGUUUAAGCAUAGAUCUUGAACAAUCUAGGUUUGAAGCAGUGGAAGGAAAUCCAUCAUGUUAAUUCUGUUGGUUUGGCUAAAUGAAUCCUAGUUGGAAUGUAAUGGUGAAUUACUAGAUUUUUAAAUGAGCAAACGUUUGGCCAAAGGAUACAUGUAUAAACAAAAUAGUAUAGUUCUCAUAGGGGCUUACACUACCUCAGAUUUCACUUGGGAGCUUUAGCCCUCACAUGAAAAUGGUUCCUUGUGUAAAGCUCUUACAUGGUGUAUUCCUGCUCAAUGUUGAAAGUUUUUACAUGAAGUGUGGUUUUUCUAUGGAGGCAUUUUCAAACACUCACCUUAAAAACGGAACAGUUAUACUCCCAUGCGAACUGUACUACCUCACCAUGUAAUGUAUCAUUCUACCAUUUGUAUAUAUGAAAAAAUAUACUAAAUCAGGGAAAGGUGGAGAUGUAUGGGUUGCAUGCUGCAUUUCUCCAUCCAAGUCUUUUCAAGGCUUUUGUAGCUAUGUGAUAUCACUGUGUAGCUAGCUGGUCAUUUCCAGGGUACCAAAUUUUAAAAAAUAAAACUACUCCCAUUGUGUCACACAUUAUCUACACCAGCAGUGAGAAUCAUGUGCCCCCCCACCAAAUGUGUGGGUGAUGGUGGAAGAAUUAUAUGUCUGAGGGUUUACAAAUGGUACAAGUGUCCUCUGAAACACAACAUCUUCCCCAAUUCUUUAUCAUAUAAAUCCAUUUUUUAAAAAUCUGAAAGAUAUCUGAUCACUUCUAAUUUUGCCAGCAGCGAGAAUCAUGCCCCCCCCCCCCAAGUGUGGGUGGUGGUGGAAGAAUUGUAUGUCUGGGGGUUUUCAAAUGGCACAAGUGUCCUCUGAAAGACAACAUCUUCCCCAAUUCAAAUCCAUUUUAAAAAAUCUGAAAUGAGUAUCUGAUCACUUCUAAUUUUGCCAGAAGAUGCUAAUGUGACCCAUAGUGGGUCUGGUCAAGGACAUCAGAAUUAAGUACCCUAGUUUGCACCUUAGUUUUAAGAGUUAGUCUUCACCAGAGAAAGGCUAGUUCUUGCUAAUGUGUUGUGAGAGUAAAAAAAAAAAAUUCCUUAAGAUAACUUAAAGCACCAGUCCUGCCUAAGAAUCCCUUGCAAGAACAUGAGAAGUGCAUUUAAUGGGAGUGUUGAAUUGACUUUCCCUUUCAUUCAGGUACCCUUUAAUUAAAAGUUACAGUAGUAGCAAUGCUACUGGUUUGCCUUGUUAAAGUUGUAAGAUGGAAGUUUUUCUUGCUCUUGUAAACUCAAAUUUAGAAGUUUUACUUUAGUCUAACCAGAAGUCUUUUAAAUAUUGGUGUGAUAUAUUGAAAGGUCAAGACCUAUGCACAGAAUGAUAGAUAUAAUCAGAAAAAUAUUGUGGAAAAAUUUUGUAUUGGUUAAAACCCGUAAUGUAUCUGAAAUUCUUGAGUCAAUAUUUCUAUUGUCCUAGAUAUCUUUAAAUCAGGACUCUAUAGUAGUUUUUGGUUAUUCAAAAUGAUGCCUUAAUGAGUGACUUAGAUCGUAUUUUAAUAUAUAAAGUGGCAACUGGUGGUUUAAAUAGCAAUAAGAGAUGUUCCAUACAGCAUACCUUAAAUACUUCAAAUUGUGUGUAGCAGUUGUAUGUAGUAGGGUUGUUUGGGGCUAUCCUUAUGCUGCAAGGAAGAAUUUCAUAUCAUGAAUUGUAUAUAUUUUUAUGAGAAUGGCCAAAAGAAACAAUAUAUGAUUAUCUGUGUGAAUGGAAAAUGCCAUUGGUGUUCUUAAUGUCUUAAUUCAAUUUGUGAGCAGGGAUACACAGAAAAUACUCCUUGGACGUUCCUGUUAUGGGAGCAGGUGGCAGGCCUAAAAUAAUGAGUUUUAGGUUUACAUGAAAUUCUCAUUUAGUUACUGUAGGAUGAAAAUAAACUGUAUGGUACAAUACUUUCUCAAAAUUUAGGAAAUAUUUAAAUACCUUAAAAGCACCAGAUGUCAUCUGAGCUUGGAAGCUAUGCAGGGUCAGCUCUGGCUAGUACGUACUUAGAUGAGAGGCCACCAACCAGUACCAAGUGCUGUGGGCUAUAUUUCAGUGAAAGUCAUUGGCAAAAGGAGCUCUUGGGUAUUCCCUGAUUAAGAAAACCCCAUGAAAUGUAUAGAAUUGUCACAAAUUGACAAAUUACCACAAAAAACCCCCCCAAAAAAACCAACCCAAAUCAUAGUCCUGAGAAAAGGGAGAAAUGAUUUUUUGUUUAAAGUCAUGUAAUUAAUUAAGACUCUCCUUCAAUGCUUGUAUUGGAGUUGUAUUAAGCUCUGCUUUUUGGCCAGUUGAGGUUGUUACAUGUGUUGCUCCAGGAUGCUCUCUAGUAUGCUGUAUGUCUCUGUGUUACAGAAGGAGUACCUUAAAUUGGUUUGCUCCCUUGAAUGCAUUGUGAAAUGCCAUUCAAUUGAGUGUAAGAGUUUUCUGAUCAAAUUAUAUCAUUGUUGGAAUCUUGUGACAUCUGAAGUUUUUAUACAUACUCAUACAAACCAAGCAUUGGGGGGGGGGGGUAAGCAUACCUAAGUUUGUUUUUCAGACCCUCCCCCCUUUUUUUCUAAACAAUGAUUGUAUCUUUAGGAACCUAGCUACUAGGGUAGUAAAUUGGUCUCUAUGCACCUAAAAUUGCCUUCCAUCAGAGUUCAAGGAUUACACCCCCCCCCCCCAAAAAAAAAAAGAGAGAGAGGGUUUGGCUUUCUGUUAUCCUGUAUAAGAGAGCACAGGUCAACAGCUGCCCACCAAAAUUGUAUUGUGACAAUGUGUUAACUAUAAAUGUAAUCUAAAACGUGUUACUUAGCAUUUUCCAUCACACCAAAUGACUUGCAUCAGUUGCUUUAGAUCUUGUUUCCUUUUUGCUUUUCCUAAAAAGUAAGACUUCUGCAGAAGGUAUUUUCUCUAAAACAUGACUACAAGCGAAACCAAACUUUUGCCUUGAAUAUAGGCCAGAAUGUUCAUCUAAAAGCAGCUGCGUGAAGUUAUUGGUUCUACUCAUUUUUGAAAUGGAAUUUUAAAAAUCUCAUUUCAUUCUUUUUACACACGAAAUGUGUUACUAGUUUAAAGCCUUCAUGUGUAGAAAUGGAAUUGUAACAUACUGGAAUCUGUAAAUAUACUAUUGAAAAGCUCUUACUAGAAAUUGUGUUUUUGAAUCUGCAGUAUUGACAUAAACACUAACAAAUGUGAAUGAUCUGGUGUAAGAGCAUUACUACAUUUUAAAAAUGUGCAUAGCAAAUGUUAAAUGUCUGUAUAAAUGAGAAAGACCUAACUGUACAUUUAUUUUUAAAAGUGCUAAUAAGCACAAUUAGUAAACUGAUUAUGCUUAUUAGAAAGAUGUUGAAUAGUAUAUAUUCUUCUUGUAAAUCGAUACCUUUGUUUUUGUCUUUUGACAACCUUUUGUACAGACUUGUGGCUAUCAGAUAAUGCUUAUUUCAUUAUAACUUAUGGUCAGUUUUUAUAACAGGCCGUGCACUCUAGAUAUUUGCUAGCAAAAGUUGAUUUUUUUUAUUUUUCCAGGGUGCCUAUUUUUAUAAUUGUUCCCUUCAGAUUAUAGAUUUGUAUGAAUUUUGUAAUGCUAAAUGCAUUUAACAUGUCUUGUAAACAAUAUUUUCAUUGUCUUUAGAAAAUUUUGACCCAAAGGUGCAUUUUCUGCUUGUUCCAACUUGUCGGAUACAACUAAGUUAACCUAUACAGUGCUUAGCUUACAUGUGCAUAUUUCCAAAUAAGGUCUGUUUCACUGCUGCUAGGUUUGGUUUUUUCAAGCAAGCAUGAGCAGCGUAAUUGGUGUAUGUUAAUUUUAUAUCCAACAGUAAAGCUACUCCUUAGUUUAGGAGCAUGAGUCUUUGCCAUCGAAUAACAUGGUGACCAAACUAUGUAGUAUGAAACAAGAUUCCUUACUGACAUGUUUGGCCCUGUGUCGUUUUCUAUUGCAUCUAUAAAUUACGCAGGUGGUCAUUAUCUAAUGGAAUUUAUUUAUGUUCGUCUAAAGAGCUUAUUAAAUGAAUUGUACAUUCUUUCCUAUGGAACCUUUUGUGUAGACAUGUUCAAUUCAAAAUUAAAUACUAGUUUGUUCAACAGAA